UUCUUUUUUUUUUUUUCGAGGCAGAGCUGGGCUGGUGGCUGUUUCAAUCAAAGGGGGAGAAAAAGGCAGAGAGGGAAGGGAGGCUCUGCGGAGAGAUGUAAGAUGGCAGAGCUACAAAUGUUGUUAGAGGAAGAGAUUCCGGCCGGUAAAAGAGCGCUGGUGGAGAGUUACCAGAACCUGACCAGAGUCGCCGACUACUGCGAGAACAAUUAUGUCCAGGCCCAGGACAAGAGGAAAGCUCUGGAGGAGACCAAAGCCUACACCACCCAGUCCCUGGCCAGCGUGGCCUACCAGAUCAAUGCCUUAGCCAACAAUGUACUGCAGCUGCUGGACAUCCAGGCCUCGCAGCUGCGGCGCAUGGAGUCCUCCAUCAACCACAUCUCUCAGACGGUGGACAUCCAUAAAGAGAAGGUGGCCAGGCGGGAGAUCGGGAUCCUGACCACGAACAAGAACACGUCGAGGACCCAUAAGAUCAUAGCGCCGGCCAACAUGGAGCGGCCGGUCAGGUACAUCAGGAAGCCCAUUGACUACACUGUGCUGGAUGAUGUCGGUCACGGUGUUAAGUGGCUAAAAGCCAAGCAACAUGGAAACAAUCAGGCAAUCAGAGGAGGAACACUAUCGAGGACCAAUCCGCCGACGCAGAAGCCGCCCAGCCCUCCGAUGUCAGGGCGUGGCACGCUGGGCCGUAACACAUCCUAUAAGACUCUGGAGCCGGUGAAGCCGCCCACAGUUCCCAACGACUAUAUGACCAGCCCCGCCCGACUAGGAAACCAGCACGGCCAGCAGCACAGCCCCGGACGCACGGCGUCGCUCAACCAGAGGCAACGCACACACAGUGGAAGCAGCGGGGGUAGCAGCAGCAGGGAGAACAGCGGCAGCAGUGGAAUUGGCAUUCCCAUCGCCGUGCCUACACCCUCCAUCCCCAACUCUGGACCAGCGGUGGCCCCUGGGCCUGGUCUGGGCCCCGCUCCAAUGUCCCAGUUUGGAACCAUCUCGCGGCAGAUUUCGCGGCACAACCCCUCCAACUCCUCUGUCUCUAUGGUUUCGGCCACGGGCACCUACCGCCGGGCGCCGUCGGUCACUUCGCAGUUCUCCUUGCAGCAGCAGCAACAACUACAGCAACAGCAGCAACAGCAGCAGCAACAGCAACAGCAGCAGCAGCAGCAGCAGCAGCCUCAUAUUAAUGGAGGCACCCCUGGCUAUGGCCAGAACUCAAUGUCUAUCGCUCCUCCUCCUCCCCCCAUGCCCCAGCUGACUCCACAGAUACCUCUGACUGGCUUUGUGGCCAGGAUGCAGGAGAGCAUUGCAGAUACUCCCACUCCACCUCCGCCACCUCCUCCGGACGACAUGCCCAUGUUUGACGAGUCCCCGCCGCCUCCGCCGCCUCCACCGGUGGACUACGAGGAGGAGGACGCUGCUGUCGUGCACUACAACGACCCCUACGCCGACGGGGACCCACAGUGGGCUCCCAAGAUCUACAUCGAGAAAGUGGUGGCCAUCUACGACUACACCAGGGACAAGGACGACGAGUUGACUUUCAUGGAGGGGGCGAUUAUUUACGUGGUCAAGAAGAACGACGACGGCUGGUUCGAGGGCGUGUGCAACGGCGUCACCGGCCUGUUCCCCGGCAACUACGUGGAGUCCAUCAUGCACUACGCCGACUGAAGGGACCUCGCAGUAAAAGUACAGUCUAUUUAUUCAGUCAUAUCAUAAUCCACUGAGAGACUGACAGCAGCAAUCUGACUCCUGAGACGCAUAGACAUAACUGUAUGAUUCCCCGACUCCCCCUUUUUUUUUUUGAUAUGACAGAAUGUUCUUUCCCUUAAUGAUUGCAAAUAAAAUGAAAAGUAAUAUCUAUUUAGUUUAUUUUGGUGUUAUAGGGAUGGGCUGGGAGACAUUUAUGGAAUAUGUACAAAAGAAAAAAAAAAAGUUUCUACAGAAUGGGUCUGCUCACGCGGGUUGAAACACCUCUGAAGGAUGCACGGCGACAUCUUGCCUGAACAAAAAAAUAAAAAAUUCGACGAUCGAGAGCUGAACAAGAAUAUUAGGUUUUGACGGAACAAAUAAAACGUUAAUGUCAUGUAUGCACCUUCAGUUGAAGUGUUUGUACUGUCGGUUGUAUAUAACGUGAGCCGCAGCCGCUCGGGCUUCUGUAAUGUAAAUUCAGUGAAUGUCAAUUAUAUGAUAGUUUUCAUUAGUGGCGCCCUCCUCAACUCGGAAACAAACGGCCUGUUGAUACUUUAUAAAAUUAAAUACUGUAAAUGGUAUUUCAAAGAAAACCGAUACUUCUGAAAAAUCAGUCUUGGCGUUAAAAGCAUGCAAAUUUUUCGAGAUAUAAUGUAAUCUUAAGUUUAUUGCCAUUAUGCUUCCAUUAUGUUGUAAAUGUAUUCACUUUUUUUUUUUGGUUUUGUUUUUUUAUUACACUGUUGAAAUCACUGAACUUUUUAAGCUCUCGAGUAAAUUACAGGCUUUCCCAUGGCCUCACCUUUUAAAAUGCCAAUUUGCAGUUAAAAAUCUAAAACACGAGGUUUCGCUUUCUUCAUGCAUUUAAAUCUGUCUGACGCAUAAGAACACACAUUCCAUUUUGGCUUGUUUAUCUUAGCAUUUUAAGAUUAUGUCACAUCACUGUUGAUUUCUUUCUCUCUCUUUUUUUUUCUUCUCCAAACUAAUCCACACGAAUCUGUAGGAUCCAUUGGCAAUAAUGGACAAUAGUUCUGGUAGGUGUGCAGCGAUGAUUAGACUGGAAUUGUCCUGCCCGACACUGCCAUGUGACAAUUCAGCUGUAAUAAUGUAGACCAAUAAACAACUCUAAUACCUCCUCAGUCUUCUCAAAGCAACAACGACCUGCUCUGGGUUCAAGGACCAUGUUGAAUGCUAGGAAACAUGUAAUCCUCUGGGGCUGCACGGGUGUACAUAAUAACUCACGUAGAAUCAGCCGGUCAAUAUUUUAGGUGUCGCUCAGGUCAAGGAAUCAUUUUUAUAACAUUGUAUUUUUUUGUGUGUUGGCACUCAAACGUACAUCUAACAUGAUUAAUUUUUGACCUUAAAAGAUGCAGAGUUAAGACAUCCUCUGCAGUGGCCACCAUUUACCAUUGCAGUAUACCGCAGCCAAUGCCUUCAGAUUUGGUCCAGCUUCUUUGAUUUACCCCCCCUCCCUCCCCCCUUCUCCUACCCCGACAAAAUGUGUUCUGGCUCAAUUUAGUGGGUAGAAAUAUUGAAAUCUAUUUCUCUCUGCCCUUCAUUUGUACAUAUAAUAUGUUGAUUGAAAAAAUUAAUGUACAGUCUUUUAUAAUAAACAAUUCUAUGUACAACA